CAAGCCAUUAAAAAGAAGGCUAGAUGUUGGUGAAGCUGCCUGAACAUUUUUAUUUUCCCUACAAAAAUACUGGUAUAUAUGGAGAUGUGGGAGUUCAGUUCAGUUCAAUUUAUUUACAUAGCACUGCUUUUGACCAAGCACAGCGGGAAGGAAAAACUCAAUUUUAACAGGAAGAGACCUCUAGGAGGCUCAGGCAUAGCCAUUUGCUGCCACUGGUUGGGGGUGACGGUAGGAAGACAGGAUAGCAGACACACUGUGGAAGAGAGACUGAGUUUAAUAAUAAAUAAUGAUUGAUUUCAGGGUGGUGUAUAAACACAUAGUGAGUGAAAAAUGCGAGUGAAGAAGAAAAAGCUGAUUUUACCAUAGUAUUCCCAUAUUAGGCAAUACUUGUAUAAAUGUCCCACACAUGGUAGGAAUUAACAUUCCUCUGUGUGUUUGGGCUCAUUUGACUUCUUCUGAACAGACAAAUUUAGCUAGAGAGAAGCUGACAGAAACAAGAAGUUUCCCUGCGGGGUGAAUUUACCUUUGGCCUUUAAUUUGAAAAGAAGGUUGUUGUCGCAACAUGCAAACAGGACUAACAGGUUUCAUGAAUGCAGUGGUUUGUCUUUGCCUUGUGAAUUCUGUCAUUCUUUCACAGGCAGCGGAUAACAUGGAGGGUAAUGUAGCUCUGUCUGAGAGACCUAUCCGUCAGUCCCACUCUUUGUGUGCUGGUGAAAAGGAGUAUGUGCACAAGAGGAAACAAAUAGUUCUGCAUUCACUUAACACUCUGGAAAUCAACUGUACAGCUGCUUCAGUUCCCCACAUUGCUCUGUUGGCAUCAGGUGGGGGUCAGCGAGCAGCUGUGGGUCUGGUGGGUUUCCUCCAUCAAAUGGAAAAGGAAGGUCUGCUGGACACGCUGCUCUACCUAGGAGGAGUUUCAGGGUCUACAUGGUCCAUGGCCUCCUUGUACAAUGACCCACAAUUUAGCACCAACAUGGAUGCAGCAGUGUCCAGGCUGUUAGAUUCUCCGAGUGUUAAACUUGAGCAAGCUGUGGAUUGGUUGGGUGAGAGAGCAAAAGAAGAGCACUUCUCUCUUGCUGAUAUCUGGGGGGUCUUAACUUCAGCUGGAAUUAUGAAACAGAUGGACCUACGGUGUCUUUCAGAUGAGGCCAACAGGAAUGCCACAAACCCUUAUCCCAUCUACUGUGCUACUGAAAAGCACUGCUUUACUCAUGGGCCUAUAGAAGGAAAAUGGUUUGAGAUAAGCCCCCACGAGGCUGGAUUCACAGAGUUGGGUCUCUUUAUCGAAACAUCUCUCCUGGGCAGCAAAUUCCAAAAUGGAACGCUGCUGGAGAAAAAGAAAGAGAUGGACAUGGUCAAGUUACAGGGUAUUUUAGGCUGUGCGGUAGCUGAUGAGGAGACUCUCAGAGACUUUGUCCCUCAGUGGCUGAAUGUGCCUGGGCAUUUGGACAGUGCUGCUAAGGAGUACCUGCGUGUAUGGAACAUCCUUGAUAAAGUGAUAGCUCUGACCAGAAUAACUGUUAAGGACACUACUGCUCUGAUGUACCUGGAUAAGCUGCAGAAAAUCUUAGAAGACAAGGUAAAUCAUAGCCAGACUGAGUCUGUGGAGGCAGCGAGUAUGGAGGAAAGAAAAACUCUUUUUAACCGGUGGAGUCAGGAGCUGUGGGCGGCAGUUGAGACGUGGAGCCAAAGUUUGGAUGAUGGAGCUUUCAAAACACACGUUUCUUUCCUUAUAAAAGAAGUAAUUCCCCUGAUUGCUGAGUGGAAGUGGGGAACAACUGGAAACUUCCUUUACCAAUACCAAGUGUCCUCUGUUCCAGCUUGCCUCUACUCUAAUGAAAGACUCCAGCUCAUAGAUGCUGGACUGGUGAUCAACGUACCGUACCCUUCAUUUCUAGGAGACAAGAGAGACAUUGACCUCAUCAUAGCCCCAGAGUAUAGUGCUGGAAAUAUGUUUGAGACUCUGACUCUUGCCCGAGACUACGCGGCCGAGAUGGAAAAGCCUUUCCCCGAGAUAAAUGACACGAUCCUGGAGGACAGAGACUGGCCGAAGGACUGCUAUGUGCUGGAGGGGAAAGAGAAGGAGCCCACAAUCAUCUACAUGCCACUCUUCAACAGACGGAACUGCAAAGAUGCAGAGGAGUUCAAAGCAAAGAUGGAUGAGUUCUCCACCUUCCAGCGUCCCUUCAGCCAGGAGAAAAUGAAGUUUGUGUUGGAGACGGCGAAAGAAAAUGUGAAGAACAACAAGGAAACUCUGCUGAAGGAGAUAAACAAGGCUGCUCUCCGCCGACAUAAUAAGUGGAAGGCUGGCGAACCAUAGCUCGGUUUCUUGUUCUGGCAGCGUGAACUAAAAUCUUUGAUUCAUGAUAAUACUAACUGGUGAUAAUACUGAAGCUACAUGAAAACAGAACCCAUAUAUAACUCAUCAUUUAAAGUACUGGCAGUGUGUUAUGUGUCUUAUUUUUUGACCAAUGUGCAAUGUGUAUGCUACAGCAGCAACAGCCCUUUUCUUCAACUCCAACUAUUCACCAUUAUCUGGAGCAGCUCUUAUUCAUAUCAGUAUUUGGAUGGAAGAAUUCAGUCUGAUCCUUGUGUUCAUCUUAAAAUGUAUUAAAUCAUGCACGUGACCCCCCCCACCAAAACAAAUAAACCCCACAGCGGGACUUCCAAAGAGCUGGGCUAUGCUAUCACUGAGUUUAACAUACAUAAAUAAAAUGUCCAACAGUU